AUGGGCACGGGUACCAUGCGUAAUCCAUAUGGUGAUACUUUCAAUGAUAUUACCAUAGAUCUACGUGGUGGCGAUGAUGCUAGUGGAAACAAUUAUCGAGAAAAUGGAUAUGAUGUUGAUUCCACAUCUGCAGCCUCUUUUAUUGCUCGACAAUCAAGAUAUAGUGCAUACCCUCAGGUACGUCCGACAAAUCCUUUGUAUGCUAGUCAAUCUACAUUAAAAACACAACCAUCAAAUCGGCAAAGUUCUUCUCAAACUUCAGCCGCAUUAGUAGCACGUCGACAAAAAUUCAAUCCGCAAGAACCAAGAAGACCCAGCGAUUGGAGAUGGUUCGCUAUUUUAUGUAUUAUAUUAUUUUUUCCUACAGGCGUUAUAGCAUUAACAAUUGGUGUUGGAGUAUUUGGCUAUGAACGUGGUAUUGAGAAAGCAACAAAUUAUAUUUGGGAAAGAAAUAAUCGUGGUAAAUUAUGGAAGGAAGUUCAACCAUCAUUCGUUCCGAAGGCAGAUGAUGAUGCUGAAGAUACAUAA